AAUUUUGAUUCGUGAUGAAUUUUGUACAUUGGUUUUAAUACUAAAGAAAAUAUACUUGAAAUUAUACCAACGAGAAAGUCAAUAAAACAGGGAUCAUGUCCAUACGAAAUCCUCGUUUACCGCUGUUGCCCGGGUAUGGGACUAAUCCCAUGAUUGGCAAAACAAAUUUCGGUGUCCGACCAAUAUUCACUUCUAUUGAUAAAGUGAACAUGUUGGUCGAUAAACCGGAAAGUGUGAAUCGCGUACCCUCGCUGUAUUGUAGGAAACAGGCACCAGAUUUGCCGACUUGGAUCAUGUAUGAUAAAAAUAUUCUGCGUUAUCAAGCAUUUUUUCAACAAACACUACUGGAAAAUCGAGGGUCCAGUAAUAUAUUGCGUAAAGUUGACAUUUUCUUUUUUCUUGAAGAUGGCACGAUUAAGGUGACGGAGCCAAGAACUGAAAACAGUGGGUUGUCACAAGGUACGCUAAUAAGUCGUCAAAGAAUUCGGCUUCCGUUCAGCUAUGAUUUAUAUUAUGAUGUACUUGAUCUAAAUAUUGGACGAGAAGUUACCUUCUUUGGAAAAGUAUUUAAGAUCGUAAAUUGCGAUAACUUCACAAGAGUGUUCCUGAAUCGCCUUGGAAUCAAUGUUCCUGAUCCAAUAAAUUGGCCUGAUGCUAUUGAGAGAACACCGGACACAUUGAAACCUCCCAAACAUAGGCCAUUUCGACAGUUUCUGGAUUUUGAUCGACAAGUCUUAAGAUUUCAUGGAUACUGGGAUGAUCGAGAGUCCGAAUUUGGUACUAUACAUCUCUUGGAGAUACAUUAUUUUUUGGCUGAUGAUACUAUAGAAAUUAAGGAAGUACUUCCACCGAAUUCCGGAAUGGAGGCUGGACCUAUGUUUAUAAAAAGAAUGAGAAUUCCACGAAAAAUUCCACCACGCAUAGAGAUGACAGGAGGGCCAAAAUUAUCCUCGUAUAGUCCUGCAGAUUUGAGUAUCGGUGCUGUUAUCAAUGUUUAUGGACGAAAUGUUGUUCUUACCGACUGCGACCCGUUUACAAAGGAAUAUUAUCGUGUCACUUACGGAUUUGAUACGUUUACUCCUCUACCAUUGCCAAAUGAUGAAAGUACAGAGUGUAUAUCUACAAAUAUGGCGGAACGCCAGUUGCCGCCUUGGAACGGCUAUGGUUCUUUUGAUGAUUCAGCUGAAAAUUGUCGUACUGUUGAACCAAAAGCACCACAUAGGGAUUUUAUGAAAUUUCUUAAUAAGGACAGGGUCGGAUUUGAUUCCCACAUACUCCGUUUUGCCGCAAGAUUGGUCAAUGACAACCCAGUGGAUGAACAACGUUACUUUAUAAUAAAGUAUUUUUUGUGUGACGACACAAUUGGAAUAUUUGAACUUGGCGAACGAAAUUCUGGUUUUAAGGGUGGUAAGUUCUUUCGGCGUGACAAAAUGUACCUUCCAGACGUGAACUUUUUUGUGCCAAAAGAACCUCCCGCGUAUACGGACAAGGAUAUGUGGGUUGGCAAUGAGUUAGUGAUUAACAAGCAUCGCUUUAGACUCAUUGCUGCUGAUGAAUAUGCUUUAAGAUAUAUGGAGGUGCAUUCUAAUGAGUAUCCGAUGGCAAAUAUUCCAUUGAUAAUGGACAAAAUUCGCAGGACACUGGCUUCAAAAGAGAAUGGCUACAAGAAUUUUGUAGCUAAAUAUAUGGAAGCUGUUUUGCCAAAUAAGAAAGAACUGAUGUCUGUUAGAUGCUUCAAGCAGGCCUUAAAAGAAAUUAUGUGUGAAAAAAUGACUGAACAUGAAUUUUUGUCACUGUUACGCUACUUUCGAGGUGAUUCCGGAAAAGAAAAGAGUCCUCGACGCGAAAUGAUAAGAUCACUAGUGUUUUCUGAGAUAACACGUGGUCUGUGGGACGAUCGAACACGUCUAUGGGAAGGUCUAAUGCAUGCUGAUGUGGACCGUUCAGGAGUAUUGUCUGAGGAGCAAUUGCGCCAAAUAUUACGUGCGCACCGUCUUCCGAUCAACCGCGACUUACUGGAUUGCAUGUUGAAAGUGCUUGAAAAGGAUGACAACUGCAACAUACAGUACGAAGACUUAAUGUCGUUCCUAGACUUCCAAACUAGACCUGUAGUCAAUCUUACUGAAGAUGACUAUAUGAAAAUAGUGCGUCACGCGCCGCCAAUAAAAGAUACUGAGUGUAAACUAUGGGCAGACGCGGAGACAGUAAUAGAUGACGGGUACGUGAAUUGGAACGCCUUUCUCUGCCAACUGAAUCUGGACCACCUUGUAAAAGAACAGACUCAGUAGUAGUAGAAACUAACAGUGGUAAUUACAGUGAGUUAUAAAUAUUUAAUUUUUGAAAUAAUUUUAGCUAACAUUAUAAUCAACUGUCAAGUAUUAGAAUUAACUGUCAGUAAUUAUUUUGAUAUUGAUGUUUUUAUUUCUGACACACAUGUUUACCGCAAUAAAUUAUUACAGCUAAAUUACAGACA